CCCCUCCCACCCGCUCCCACAUAUAGGGCGCCCCACAGCCGGGUGCCCCCCACCUGCUGCCUCUGCCUGUGCUCUCCCCACUGUUAAGUGCUGGAGUCCAGGCGAUGGAGCUGAACGCCACGCUGUUCCCCCCACUGCUCCUGCCACCCCCCGGCACCCUGACGUGGGACAGGCAGCUGCAGGUGGCCUGCGCGGCACUGGGGCUGCCCGCCAACGCCUUCACCCUCUGGCUGACGGGCUGGCGCCUGCGCUGCCGGGGACUGGCCGCCUUCAUCUUCAGCUUGGCCGCCUCCGACUUCCUCUUCCUCGCCAACUCGGUCCUGCAGAUCUGGUCAGUGGCCCACCGUGACCAGGGGCCUCUGGACACCCCGCUGUGCCGCCUCCACCGAUUCCUCAAUGGCUUGGGCUACUACAGCGGGCUCUUCUUGCUGGCGGCCAUCAGCCUGGACCGCUGCUUGCUGGUGGCCGCCCCGCUCUGGUACCGGUGCCGGCGGCCGGCCCGCUUGCCGGCAGUGCUGUGCGUGGGCGCCUGGCUGGUGGCGGGUGGCUGCAGCGUGCCCGACGCAGCGCUGUCAGUGGCAGAUGAGCUGCUGCCCGGGUUGGUGGUGUGCCGGAGCCAGAGGGGGAGCUGGGACGUGCCGUUGCGUUGGCUGGAGGUGGUGGUGGAGGGGCUGCUGCCCUUCUGCGUGGUGGUGGCUUGCCAUGGGGUGGCCCUGGUGCUGGCCCAGUGCCGGAGCAGCCGAGGCGGCCACCCGCUCACCCGUUUCCAGUACAUCGUGGUGGCCACGCUGAGUGCCUACGUGGUGCUGCAUCUGCCUUUCCAGGUCACCCAGCUGCUGCACCUGGUGGUCUCUGGGCCCCCUGACCACCUACUCUACCUGCUGGGGCUGGCCUUCAACCUCAGCAGCUGCCUCAACCCCUGCCUCUACCUGCUGCUCGGCUCCCGCACCUGCCAUCACCUCACCCGCCUGCCACGGGCGGCCCUUGCCCGCCUGCUGCCUGCCACCAGCACCCCUGUGCCACCCACUGCCCUCAGCCCCGUGCCACCUGCCACUGGCACCCCUGUGCCACCUGGCACCGGCAUCUCUGCACCACCCUCCACCGUCACCACCACGCCACCCACUGCCAUCACCUCAGUGCCACCCACUGCCAUCACCCCUGUGCCACCCACCACCCUCGCCCACCUGCCGGCCGAGGCACCCGUGGGGUCCCCACCAGCAGCUCCAUGAGCUGCAGCCCUGCCUGGCGCAGCGUGGGGUGGGGUGGGGCCAGGUGUGCCCCCACGUCCCCGCUGCGUCCCUGGCUGGGGAGACCCUCACCAGGCCCCACGCGUGGGCCAAGCCCCAUGCCCACCCACCCACCCACCUAAACGGGGUCUCGGUGGGGCACAGCCACCCCUGGGGACGUGGGGCACAGUGUGGUGCUGGGAGGCUCAGUGGGUCCCCACGGGAGACCCGUGCCCAGCCACCGUGGAGGGGCCCUGCCCCACGGGGUGCCCUAUGGGAUGGCCCACGGGGACCCUGCCCCACGGGGAGCCCCCGCCCGACC